ACCAACAUUGAAACUGUUAACAUGGCCAGUAAAAGAAAAGCGAUUUGUGUUGACGAAAAAGUUUGUGUGAUACGUGCGAUUGAAAAAGGAGAAAAGAAAAGUGACGUUGGAAGACGUUUUAAACUAAGUCAAUCUACUGUUGCCACCAUUUGGAAAAACAAAGAAACAAUUCUGCAGGCGGCGCUGGAAGGAAACUCGUCUAAAAAAUUAAGGAAGCCAAAAUUCGAAGAAUUGGAUCAGGCAAUGCUGUCGUGGUUUCACAAGCAGCGCCAGAAUAAUGUACCCAUUUCGGGGCCAAUUGUAAAAGCCAAGGCUGAAAAGUUUGCCGACCAACUUGGUAUAAUUGACUUUAAAGCAUCUGAAGGUUGGCUCGGAAAAUUUAAACACCGUCACCAAAUUACGUACGGUAAAAUGAACGGAGAGGCGCGGGAUGUCGAUACGAAUGUGACUGACAAUUGGAUCAGUACAGUGUGGCCUACAUUCGGGAAGAAGUACUCACCAAAGGACAUUUUUAAUGCCGAUGAAACUGGCCUUUUUUUCAAGUUAACUCCCGACAAAACAUUAAAAUUCAAAGGGGAAAAGUGUAUUGGAGGAAAACUGUCUAAAGAGCGUAUUACUGUUCUAGUAGCUGCCAAUAUGAAUGGAACAGAAAAAAGAAAGCUCUUAGUUAUAGGCAAAUCAAAAAACCCUCGAUGUUUCAAGAACAUAAAACAGUUGCCAGUCACGUAUAAAGCAAACAAGUCAGCUUGGAUGACAUCGCAGUUUUUUGAGGAGGAAGUGAGAAAAUGGGAUGCUGAAUUAAAAACACGGAAAAUCUUGCUUUUAGUAGACAAUUGCCCGGCUCACCCAAUGAUAUCUAAUCUUCGAAACAUAGAGUUAGCAUUUUUCCCUGCUAAUACAACCAGUAUUUUGCAACCAAUGGAUCAAAGUGUGAUUAAAAGUCUAAAGGGUCACUACAGACGGAAAAUGUUGAUGGAUCUGAUCGAAACUGACGGCAAGGUCUCGAUUAAUAUGCUACAAGCAGUGAACUUUAUAUCAAAAGCCUGGAAAGAGGUAACUGCAGCCACUAUCCAACAUUCUUUUCGUCAUGCUGGGUUAUGUAGUAGCCAGACAGUAGAAAUGGAUCAAUUUGAUAGUGAAGACAAUCUACCGCUGAGUGAAUGGAUAAGCCAGUUCAACAUACCAGACAAUUUUAACAAAGAUCUACAAUCAUACGAAAAUAUAGAUGAGGAUGUAGCCACAACCGAUUCACUUACAGAUGAACAAAUUGUUGAUUUAGUUUUAAAAAGUAAGGAAAACCCCAAUAAUGAUGAUGAAGAAGAUGAUCAAGUGGACGAAGCCGAAUCACCACUAACAAUUCAACAAGCACUAGAUGCUGCUAAGUUGAUAGAAACAUUUUUUUUGUUUAAUCAAGAUGAUUGCACCACAUAUCUAGAUAUGAAUAGGAUACAUAAGAUAAUACAAAACAAGUACUGGCAUAGUAAAAAACGUCAGACAAAGUUAACGGACUACAUGUGUAAAUAGCAAUAUAAUGUACAUAAUUUUGCAUAUUUUAUCUAAGACUUAUUAAAUAUUAUUGUAAAUUUGGUUGUUUUAUUUGUUCACUCCAUAUAACGAUAACUCUCUAUAACGAUGAAAAAUGCUCAGUCCUUUGAGUUUCGUUAUAGAGAGUUUACACUG